AUUUCUCGCUCCGUUUCUUCACCAUUUAGAUUAUCUUCUUCUCCUGCUCUCCUCAUCCACCAACCCCCGCCUUAAUCCUCCUCGCCCUGUAUUACUUACUGCACAGCGUAUCUAGUAUUUCAGCCUGCUGUCCGCUGUCAGCCGUCAGACCCAUGGCCAACCCUUUUUAUCCCUCUUGACGCCUUGUUGUUAACAUCUUCCAACUCGACAUUACUUCUCCUCGUUGUUGCCCUCUGUUGGGCCCUAAUCAUCAUCUCAUAUCACCCCAGACUGAUCGACAACCCACCCGCCUGCGAUGCAUCCUGAUGCAAAGUCAUGGAACCUUCCACCCAGGCCGGGGCCGACGCCCGAGAAGAGAUAGAAGAAUUCCUCCACCACACCUUGCCGCACAAACCAUUCGACCAAUACAUCGACGACACCGUCUUCCUCGACGUCAAAGAAUUACUCACCCGCCAUCCUGACCGCCAAAUUAGACAAUGGAGCGAAAACCCCCGCCUCUACACUCUCUUGCGCAUGCUCGAGUACGAAGACGAUGGGCAAAUAUUCAAGAAAUUCGACUCGGAGCAGAUCAGUGACUUCUGGCUGCCCAUGACCUCUGCAAGCCUCUCCCAGUUUGCUCAGACAACCGAUCUAAACCCCACCUUGUUUCGCCGUGCUCAGAUGCACGUCUUGUCCAAACCCGACCAGAUGAGCGACGAGAAGUUGACCGCCGCAUCCCAUGUUCACAAGUAUAUUCGCGAAGGGAGCGCCUAUUUCGAAGAGGUCGACAAGAUCGGCAGAGGCGGUUCUGCCGAGGUCGUGCGUGUGCGUCACAAGCUAUCAGGCAAGCAAUUCGCCUGCAAGCGUAUCCUACGCGCAGAUACAGUCAAAGCCCAGAAGAACCAGCUCAUAGAAUUCGAGCAAGAAGUUGGCGUCCUACAACGCCUCAGCCACCACCACUUUGUCACCUUUGUCGCAAGUUUCACUGAUCUUACCUCCUUCUCUCUCAUCCUCAAUCCCGUCGCCAAAGACGUUCUUAAAUCCAUGCUGGAGCGCCAGGCUCGCGAUCAGCCACUCCCCAACGAAGACAUCUCUACCCUUCGUCGCUCCUUUGGCUGCCUGACCACCGCCUUGACAUUUUUGCAUGAGCAAAAGGUUAGACACAAAGACAUCAAACCAGGCAACAUUCUACUGAGCGACGGUCGGAUCUAUCUCUGUGAUUUUGGAAUCGCACGUGACUGGUCGAAGAGUGAACAUAGCACAACGGAAGGCGACGUUCUCAAGUUCACUCGACGAUAUUGUGCCCCAGAGGUUUUCGGCCGUGAUCCCCGCAAUAGCAAGUCAGACAUUUGGUCCUUGGGUUGCGUAUUCCUCGAGAUCAUCAGCGUAAUCAAAGGAUAUCCCCUCGAAGAAGUCAACCACUUCUUAUUACAACACAGCGUCGGUGCCAGUGCCCAAGGAUUAUGGUGUGCUCCAGAGGCCAUCCAAGCAUGGCUCGUCAAGAUUCGGAGCGAAAGGCAUGACUCGGCAGAUGAUCUGCCACUGGACUGGAUCAUUCCUAUGAUCAGAUCGGAGCCUGACGAUCGACUGAAAGCCUCGCAAGUCUUGGACAUGAUUCACAGGCAGACUAAUGAUAUACGACGACCAGACCUUUUCGUUGCCUCCUGUUGUAGAAGGUCGGACAGUUUACUCCCCAUAGAUGCCACGACUUCUACUCUCUCCCGCCAGAAGAGCUCGGCAAAGUCCGACAGCACUAGCCUGUCAGACCGUUACUCGCUGGACAGACCUCAGCCUGAGGGGCUUGGUCUACAGGGUGUCCCUGCCUCUCCUCCAGCUUCCUAUCUGGUACUUCCUACCCGGAAUAAAUCAUCCACUUCCACACUGGCGAAUAGAGGAAGGUCUCGUGAGAGAUCUGUUUCCCCCGGGACUCAGAGCCCUCAUCUUUCAAGCGAGAGCUCAAACACCAUUCCCUUUUCGAUAGAGCCAGUAUCUCCCCCACCAAUAGCCAAAUUUACACCUCCACACAUAGCAAUGCGCACUUAUAGCCUGCGUGGCUCCACCCAUUCUGCAGCGAAGCCUUCCGAGUUGAUUUCUCCACGUCCCACCGCGUUUUCCGGCUCUGGAGCUCGAGAUUCCUUGGACUUUCAAAGGCCGGACCCAGACCCGCCCGCAAUGUAUAGCGUCAAAUGCGGUUGUGCAGCUCAAAUGAACGAGAAACAUAUCUUCAAUUCUCCUCUCGUUUCAUCUUCCAUCCAAGAAGAUCUACCCACAAUACAAACAUCCCCUGUCUGUGAGCUGCGGGAGAAUAGGGUACAGGUCUAUGAGACCCUACCCGAGGAUCCGACAGCCGCCAACAUCUCGUUGCCCCAAAUAUGGUGGCUAACGCGUCGUUUGGUCAUCAGCUAUCUCUCUGGAUCACCUGAGAUACGUCGCUGCAGCUCAUUCUGGAUACCUCUUGCCGACAUCCGUUUUAGUUGCGAUGGUUCUGACGUUACUCUUCAAUGGUCAGAUUGUAAUCAGAUGACGGAACGACGUACAGCUAAUUACGGCAUUCUCUACGACUGGUCAUACAAACCAAAAUCACCGAAUAACAGCAUCAUACUACGAUUCCAAGAUGCCCAGCAAGCAUACGCCUUCAUAGAUACCGUUAGAUUGCCCUACGAAGAUGGUGUGAAGAUUCGGACCCGCCGCAAGGUUGACAUUUCAGAAAUGCAAGAGUUGCAUACCUUCGACCUUGGUAGACAAGGCAUCCAGGAGUACCGUGCAGCAGUUCUUACUACUGUUCAGGAUUCAUUCGCUGAUUCGAAACUUUUUAUCCAGUGGCCUGAGGUGGAUCUGGAUAUAAGGGUUCACGACGAUCAUGACCAAUAUGUUCAUGCUUAUCAGAUGGUGGUUCGAUUCAACAACGUCGCGACACCGACCUACCAUUCAGACAUUCGGGGCGAGCCUGCCGUCGACUAUUCAAGAACGGCGUCCUUCAGUGCCGCCCGCCAAUUGAAAACCUCUUUCGCGGCAACCUUCCCUCUAGGAACAAGACAUAGUUUGCCUGUGCCGCCAGUGGGUAUGGUUAACAUGCUCUACAAUAUGACGGGCUGGACGUUACGCUACUUCGCAAUUCUCGAUAAAUUUAAAUCCAAGAACAAACAUUUUUGGAGCAAAAAAUACGGACGCGCCGACAUAUUGCUCUUCGAGAAGGAAGUCGAUGACAACUCGAUAAGAAGACGUGGUACACAGCUAGUAGUCCGUUUACAUGAAGAGAUCGAUUUUCUCUGGACAGCUGGCAGCAUAACAUCCUCAACGGCACUGUCUUACUCCAGCUGUGAAGUCACUUUGACCGUUUCGAACAAAACUCGCGGCCGCCUUCUCAAUGUAACCAACAUGACCGCGGUGGCUUCCGAAGGUCCAACCAAGCCGCAGCAUUCCCAUCAUCGCUCGACUUCGGAUGCACACGAAGAACUCUCAGAAUUGGUACUCACUUUCCAAGAAGAGCGCUACCGUCUCGAGUUCGAUCGAAUCGUGUCUGAAUUCAAGGCCGCUGCUUUGGCGUCGGCGCCCUUGACCAGAACAGCCACACUCGCAGGGUCUAUGCGAAGAUUCAACAGUGUCACCUCCAACGAUAUGCAUCCGAGUCCCCCUAUGCGAUGAUGAUCUCCUCAAACUGCUUGCCGAUAUGCGGGCCGGCAUGCCGACUUUCGGUUUAUUUUCUUCCUUUUUGUUUCUUGUAAUCAACAUUUCGAAUCAUUUCAUUUUGGCGAACGAUACCCGGGCAUUAAUGGUGUUGGAAACAGGAUCCACCGCACAUCUUUCAGUUCUCAAUUUUGAUGUAAUAGUUAAUAAGUACUUGUAACUUUCCCAACCAUAUUGUCCUGUUCUUUGUAUGCUAAUGCUCCCCCAAAUGCACACUCCGUUAUCUUGUGUUCCAGGUCGGACAACGGCGAGUGAUGGAACGAACCCUAAUACUACCAAACCAUAUGACUCUGGAUGCAUGCCAC